ACAAAAAAACCAACAAGAAACUAAUUAUAAGCAGAUUUUCUCAGCCCUCUCCCCAGAUAUAACAUCUUAACCUUUGGCAGCCUUUUAAUUGUGUUUAAUAUCAUUCAGGCAUCUUUACUGGACUGAUGCUGGGACAAAUCGAAUAGAGGUAGCAAAGCUAGAUGGACGGUACAGAAAGUGGCUUAUCUCCUCUCUACUGGAUCAACCAGCAGCUAUUGUUGUGAAUCCUAAGCUUGGGCUUUUGUAUUGGACUGACUGGGGGAGGCAGCCAAAGAUUGAAUGUGCCUGGAUGGAUGGACAGCAAAGGAAAACACUGGUUUCUGAAGACCUUGGCUGGCCCACAGGCCUUUCUAUUGAUUAUCUCAACAAUGACAGGCUGUACUGGAGUGAUUCUAAGGAAAAUAUUAUUGAAUCCAUGAGACCAGAUGGAACAGACAGAGCCAUUGUAUUACGUGGAGUCAGCAGUCCGUACAGCCUUGAUGUCUUUGAAGGUCAUUUAUAUUGGAUUUCUAAGGAAAGAGGUGAAAUCUGGAAGGAAGAUAAAUUUGGAAAUGGAGAAAAGGUUAAAGUGCUGACUGUAAACCCUUGGCUCACUCAAGUGCGCAUCUAUCAUCAGCAUAGAUACAAUCUGUCAGUGCCUAAUCCUUGUAAAGAUGUCUGCAGCCAUCUCUGCUUGCUGAGACCAGGGGGAUACACUUGCGCUUGUCCACAGGGGGCUCGUUUUAUAGAAGGCAGCACCACAGAGUGUGAUGCAGCCAUUGAAUCCCCUCCAACAAUGCCACCAGCAUGUAGGUGUAUGUAUGGAGGAACAUGCUAUAUUGAUGAAAAUGAUCUUCCCAAAUGCAAGUGUUCUAAUGGCUACAUGGGAAAUUAUUGUGAAAUAGGAUUGUCAAAAGGAGUGCCUCCUGGAACAACAGCAGUAGCAGUGUUGCUGACAGUCAUUCUAAUAAUAAUAAUUGGAGCGUUGGCAGUUGGAGGGUUCUUUAACUACAGACGGACAGGCUCCCUCUUACCAGCACUUCCCAAACUACCCAGCUUAAGCAGUCUUGUAAAGUCCUCUGAAAAUGGCAAUGGAGUGACCUUCCGAUCUGGAGCGGAUGUGAGUAUGGACAUCGGUGUGUCUGGUUUUGGAGCUGAUUCUGCUAUAGACAAAGCAAUGCAGAUGAAUGAAAACUUUGCAGUGGAGUCAGGGAAGCAGCCAAUCACUUUUGAAAAUCCAAUGUAUGCAACCAGAGAAAGUGGAGCCAGUGUAGUGAAUAUAUCUCAGCCCUCAUGUGUUACAGCAUCUAAUAGCGGAGAAAGUGAGAAUUUUGAAAAUCCUGUGUACUCUGAUGCAAUAUCUGCUAGAGCACAGCAACCUCCUGCAAGUACAGAAAUGACACAGGAAACAAAGUGGAAUUUCUUCAAAAGAAAACUGAAACGAAGUACUAAUUUUGAAAAUCCAAUUUAUGCAGAGAUGGAGAAAGAACAACAAGAGGACACUAAAAAUGCCUCACCUCCCUCUCCUUCACUGCCUCCUAAGAUUACUCUCAAGAGAGACCCAUCUUUAGCUUAUACAGCAACAGAGGAUACAUUUAAAGAUACCGCCAGUCUUGUUAAAGAGGACUCUGUUGUAUAACUAGUUAAUCUGUUAUGGAAUAAUUAGAUUUACCCAUUUGCACAUAUAUUUUUUAUAAACAGAAGGAAAAAGGUUCACAUUCAAAUGCUUUAUAAAAAAUAUAUACACCUUUUAGCUAAUAGCUGGAGAUGUCUGUUGAAGCUAUGCCUUGUUUUUUUGACAAAUGCCAACUCCUAUUUUUUAUGAACAAUUAUCAUGAUGUACUAUAUGUAUAUCUUUGCACUGAAGCUCUCUGAAAGUAAUGUUAUAAAUAUAUUGUACAUUUGUAAAUUUUUGAAAGAUUAUCUUGUUUGUUGAUGUAGCUAAAAGAAAUUGGUACUGAAUUGGUUGUUACAUCUUUAGGGAUAAAUCCUUUAUAUAAAUGAUUUAACUAAAAAUCAAGGUAAAUAUAGAGCUUUACUGAUUUACAGAAAUUUUUGGAGCAUAUAUUUAUAACAGCACCUUCUUAAACAUGUACUGGUGUUUUGUGCAUCCCUACUACCCAUUUAAUACACUACUGUAAAAAUGGGACUAUCUGUCUUCUCUCUCUCUCUCUCACUCUUUCUGUAUAUCUCAGAUUAAAGAAAAGAUGGAAAUUCAGCACAGUGUAUUGGCUACCUGCACAGAAUGUUGUUUUUGCAAUGUUUUGUCUGUUGACAUUAAAUAAUUCCUCCCCAGAUCCAUAAUACAUAUACUUUCCUUCUAGGUUCCAGUAAAAAAAAAUCCUUUUAACAACAUUCAUAGGAAGAUUUGAUAUAUUUAAAUUUUAGUGCCAUACAGUAAUUUCAUCCUUAAUUAAUGAGAUUUUUCCUGAUCAUCAAUGGAAUAACUGUUCUUGGCUGGAGUCUCUGGAAGCCGCUCGUACUGUUUGUUAAAUGAAGUAGCUAGCAAAGUACAAAAGAUGCUGGUUAAUUAAAAUUUGAGCCAGCUUUUUCAUGUGGAAAAUUUAAUUUUUAUUGACUAUUUAUUUCCUGAGGUGGACAUUAUUAGAAAGGGAAACAGUUUCUGCUGAUGCAAUCUUUGUAGGUCUUUGGUUAUUUCCGUAACAUUCCAUUAGAAUAUACUGAACAUGUUGCUAGCUUUUCUAUCAAGUAGCCAGUUUAGUUUCCAUAACAUGAACUGUUUAAGAAAAGUCUAAGCACCACUGCAGGAAUGUGUACUUUAAUAUGUAAUUUAGCAUUCCUGGCUAAUUAUUCAAAUAACUGCAGACUCCUAAAUUUAUAAUCAAUGAGACUUCUGCUGUUGAUUGUUUUAUACCUGAGUUCUCAAAAUAUAUGCUAUCCCUAUUUAGAAUGCUUGUUGUAAUGACUUGGAAAUGUGUUUUGAUUAGAAAAGAUAACUGGAAAUGAUGCUGCUGAAUAAAUCUAAUAAAUGUGUUAUUUUAUCAUAUU